GUUUUGUUGGGGACGACUUUCAUUUUGGUUUCCCCCAGGCUCAUUCGUUCUUUUCUGCAACAAAACAAUAAAUUAAUAAAUAAAUAAUUAAAUUAUAUAAAUAAUUGCAAAAAUGCAAAUAAGAUAUCUGAUACGACUUUGUGAUGGCAGCAACAUUACCCGGAAUAUACGAUACAUGGCCCAUGUAGCCAACAGUGCGACACAUGUUACAGCACCACCACCAAUGACCAAAGAUGUUAUGGAAACCACCAAAUCCAAAUUGAAAAUGAAAGGAUGGCAAAUCCACAGCUAUGGCGAUGUGGAGGAGCUGCAGUAUUCCGAUAAACUUAAAAUGCCCCAGAUACGUCAAGCAGAUCACUGUUUGGUAAAAGUGUUGGCCACAUCUGUAAAUCCCAUUGACGUUGCAAUGUUGAGUGGUUAUGGCUCCAAGGUUUUGAAUGCUAUGCGUUGUCAGGGUAAUUCCAUUGAAUUUCCAUUAACAUUGGGAAGAGAAUUCUGUGGAGUUCUGGUACAAAAAGGAAUGAACGUCAAUGACAAUUCCCAGCUGCCCCUCGGCCAAAGGGUAUGGGGUGUUGUUCCCGUUCAAAUGCCACAGGGUGCCCAUGCCGAAUAUGUAGCCGUCCCAAAGCAUUGUCUUUCUCCAGCCCCCACAAAUCUCAACAACGAAGAAGCCGCCUCUGUAUUAUAUGCCGGAUUAACCGCUUGGUCGGGUCUAUAUGUGACAGCAAACUUGGGUGGUAUAUGCGGCAGCUUAACGGGCAGUGGUGCCAAUUGCAACAACAAACGUAUUUUAGUCUUGGGCGGAUCAGGCAGUGUCGGUUCAUUGGCCAUACAAAUGUUAAAGGCCCAGGGGGCCCAAGUGGUUUCCACCUGUAGUGAAAAUGCACGUGAGUUGGUACAAAAUUUGGGAGCUGAUAUUGUUGUGGAUUAUCAGAAUCCCGUUGAAAUGGAAACACUGCGUCAAUAUGCUCCCUAUGAUAUUGUGCUCGAUUGCAGUGGCCAAGGCCCCAAUGGGGCGGAGGCGUUAAAUUUCAAAUAUCAACAAUAUGUUACAUUUUCAUCACCACUUUUGCGAAAUAUCGACAGCUCUGGCAUGGCUUUGGGCCUGUUGAAAAAUUUCGGCAGUCUUUUGGAGACAAAUGUUAAGUCCAUAACACAGCAAAAGGGUUUGAUCAAAUGGGGUUUCUUUAGUCCAGCGCCACAGGGUAUAAGCCAUCUGAAGCAGUUGGUCGAAAGGAAAAAGCUUCUACCUCUCGUUGAGAAAACUUACAAAAUGGAGCAAAUGCCUGAGGCUUUUCAGAGAGUUAAAAAUGGUCAUUUGCGUGGCAAAAUAGUUGUUAAUGUAAAUUAAAAAAAUAUACGGUGCAGUGACUUAGUA